CAGAACUUUCCUAUAAUACUAUCAAUAUAUAUCUAUAUAGGGAAUAAUAAUAAUAAUAAAGAGCUAUAUUAACCAAUGACAUAUUACCAUGGGAAUAAAAACAGAUUUCUCUACCUAACUACAAUCUAUUUAUUGUGAGUUCGGUGAAUAACUGAUUACAUAGAUUUAUUUAUUAUUCAGUAUUAUAAUGAUUGUUUAAACCAAUCAAAAAUUAAUCUAUUUUAUUGAUUGAUUGAUUGAUUGGUUGAUUGAUUGAUUGAUUGAUAGGUUCUUAGAAUUUAUGAACUAAUAAUCACAUUGAUUCGUUCUUUUACUUUUCUUUACUCUACUUUUCUUUUUUCUUUCUUUUUUCUUUUUUCUUUAAAAAAAAGAAAAAAAAGAAAGGACAUUAAUAUAAAUUAUACAAUAAUUAAUUGAAUAUUUGGUUUAAACAAUCCAUUUCUAUUCAAUUAUUAUUAUUAUUAUUAUUAUUAUUAUUAUUAUUAUUACAUAUACAUACAUAUAAAUGUCACAUAGACGUGAAGCUGGUGCUAUUCCACCAUGGGUUAUUCCAGAAGAACAUCAACGUGAUUCAAUGAAAAGUGGAAUAGAUCAAAAUACAAAAUUAAAUGUUGAUAAUGAAGUAAAAGAAAUGAGUUAUUUAAUUCAUCAAAAUGAUAAAUCAAAUGUAACUCCUAAUGGAUCAAUGAUAAAGUCUAAAAAGGAACAACUUUACAUAACCGGUGGACAAUUAGUAAAUAGUGAUCAUAUACAGUCUGCAAAUAUAUUGAUUGAAGAUGGAAAGAUUGUGUCAACUGGUACAAACAUUGAAGUUCAACCGGAUACGCCAACACUUGAUGCUACCGGAAUGUUAAUUAUGCCAGCUGGAAUUGAUAUGUCUACUUACUUAAUACAAGAUAUCCAUUCGAUUGAUACAGAAGAGUAUAUAAAUUUUACAAAAGAGGCCUUACUUGGUGGGACUACGACAAUUGUUGAUACUAUCAUAUGUCCAAAAGAUUCAUCAGCUGUUGAUCUUUUAAUAAAAUAUAAAAAUACUUUCAAAGAAACAAAAUUUUGGUGUGAUAUUGUCAUUCGUAUUGGUUUUAUGGAAAUUCAAGAGAAUCAUUUAAAUGAAAUAGAACAGUUAACUAAACAACAUGGAAUUAAUUCGUUUCUAUUUAUUGUUGAUCCAAUGGAAAUGGAUAAAACUUCUAAAGAUUCAUCAUACAUUACCAAUUUAUUAAAAGCUUUGGAUAAAUGUAAACAAACUGGUUCAAUUGCUGUUAUCAAAUGUGAUCUAAGAAAGUUAAAUUACGAUUGUUCAAGUGAUUAUUUGAAUAAACAAAAUGAUUUGGAAUUAAGAUCCAUUGAAAAAUGUAUUGUACUUGUUACAUCAACAAAUUGUCCAGUAAUUUUCUCUUCUAUCAAUGAAAUGAAUACAGUUGAAAGAAUUUCUAAAGUAAGACGACAAAUUCCACCUAUUCAUAUUACUGUAUGUUGUACAUCAAAUUCAUUAUUAUCGAAGAUAACACAUAGCCAACAAUUCGGAAAUGGAUUUUUACCAUUACUAACCAAUGGUGAUAUCAAAUUAAUUUCAAGUGAUCAGUCUAAUAUUGAUACAAAUGGAAAGUCUAAUAGUUUACAAACAAUUAGACAAAGAUUAAUAACAACAUGGAAAGCUGGUGUGCCAUCAGGAUGGUUAGAUGCUUCUACAUUUGUUAGUCUUACAUCAUCUAAUGCUGCACAUUAUUUAGGUUUAUAUCCAAAUAAAGGAUGUUUAUAUCCGGGAUCAGAUGCUGAUUUAAUUUGUUGGCCAUAUGAUAAUAUAAUUAAUUGUACUAUUCAACAUCCAUCUUUAGUUAUUCAUCAUGGGAAAUUAAUAGUAUACAAUGGUAAUCUGAUAGAAGAUAUAAGUAAUAAUAAUAAUAAUGAUUUAAAGAUUAUACCAUGUAAUCAUUUGAAUGAAAUUCAAUCAAAUCAACCACUUGGAAUGUUACUAACAGGGAAAUUAUUUCCUUCUACUAUUUAUGAUCUGGUUAAUGCAUUUGAAAGAUUACGUAAAACAAAUCAAAUCCCUGUUAUUCGUGAACCUUGGACAAUGAAUAAUUUAAGUGGAGAAUUAACAACAAUUUCAAAGAUAACAAACAAUCAUGAUAAUAAUAAUAAUGGUAGUGAACAAACGAAAGAUGGAAAUCCUCAAAAUCUAAUGACAACGCCAAUCAACAUACGUACAAUACGUGGUAAUCGAGAUUUACAUGCUUCAGGAUUUUCAUUAAGUGGAGCUCAAGUUGACGAUGAUCGACCAAUAAGAUCAACAAUUCGUACACAACAACAAAGUGAAACAAGAAAUCCGUUGUGGUAAACAGACCACAAACACACAUACACAUACACAUACGUAUAACAUUUAUUCACCUUUUUUCUCACAAUUGGUCACUACUCAUCAUUCAUCCAUUCGAAUUACACACCACCAUCAUCGUCAUCAUCAUCAUCAUUAUAAACACAUUCUAAUUAAAUAUUAACUCUUUUCAUUAUAUACACAUAUAAAUAUAAUAUGCAGUUUUGAUAAAGUACAUUAAAUACAUACAAAAAAAUAUACUACAGUACUAAUAGUAAUGUUAAAUUUGAGUAUUCUCACAUAAUGGAUAAAUGGGAUAUUUCUUAAAAUUCAAUUUUUUCUUUCUGUUAUUGUUUUCACCGAGAAAAAUUGAGGGAAAACGACAUAACAAUGAAUGUAUGUAGAUAUAUAUAUACAAUAAUGGUAAGACAAAAUAGCAGUUCUAAUAAUAAAAUAAU